CCACACUCACACACACACCGACCCUGCUGUUUCUGUGUCCCUUUUUGAGCGUUUAAUCCUAAUUCAAUAUUCAACCCGUCGUCGUCGUCAUUUUCGCUGUCUACGGGGCCCUGUUUUUCUUCAUACACCUAAUAUUUUUCUGUUAUUUUCUAUCGCUUUCUUUCCCUUUUAAGAGGGGAAGAGAGAGAGAGAGUGGAAAACAAACAAAAAAGAAAGUCGCCUUCUCCAAGAGAUCUGACUCCCACCUGACUGAGAGAAGGAGAAAUGUGUUGCCCAUAAGGUUGUUUAUGUCGUUUUAGUUAUGGGAAUGGAACUUUGUCUUUUCAUGUCCUGAUCCCUCUCUCUCGGAAGACCAAUACUCGGAUCAACGAGGAAGAGUCCAGCAUCAGGGUCUCGCUCAGUGCUGAAAAGGGUUUUCUUUGAUUUGCCAAGCACUGUGCAGACUUCAAGUUCUGAUAUUGACAGUUUUAAUAAAUUGCCUGCUGAACCUGUUUUAGCAGUCCUUUUCUCUCAGUAAAGCAAGAGGAAAGUUUUGUACAAGGAAAGUCUACAUCCUUUUUGGAGAGGAUUUAUGGCUACAAUUAGUGAUAUAAUGGUUGCAGCAGCUAUCAACAUCCUCACUGCAUUUGCUUUCUUUGUGGCAUUUGCGGUGCUUCGCAUCCAGCCUAUUAAUGAUAGGGUUUACUUUCCAAAAUGGUAUUUAAAAGGUUUAAGAAGCAGUCCAACGCACACAGGUGCAUUUGUGCAAAAACUCGUCAAUUUGGACUUCCGGUCAUAUGUGAGGUUUUUGAGUUGGAUGCCUGCUGCAUUACAAAUGCCCGAGCCUGAGCUUAUUGACCAUGCAGGAUUGGAUUCUGCUGCUUACUUGAGGAUUUACCUGAUAGGGCUUAAAAUUUUUGUUCCAAUUUCAUUUCUUGCUUUCACAGUCAUGGUGCCAGUUAAUAUUACCAAUGGUACUUUAGAGCAUUCUAAUUUAACUUACAGCAACAUAGACAAACUUUCAAUCUCAAACAUUCCAACUGGAUCACAUAGAUUUUGGACCCAUUUAGUAAUGGCUUAUGCCUUUACCUUCUGGACAUGUUAUGUGCUGAAAAAGGAGUAUGAGAUAAUAGCUUCCAUGAGGCUGCAUUUCCUUGCAUCAGAACACCGGCGCCCAGAUCAGUUCACAGUACUUGUCAGAAAUGUGCCACCAGACCCUGAUGAAUCAGUUAGUGAGCUUGUGGAGCAUUUUUUUCUGGUCAACCAUCCAGAUCAUUAUCUCACUCAUCAGGUUGUAUAUAAUGCAAACAAACUCUCAGAAUUAGUCGAGGAGAAAAAGAAAAAUCAAAACUGGCUGGACUACUAUCAGCUCAAGUCUUCCAGAAAUCAAUCAAGAAAACCCUCUGUGAAGACUGGUUUUCUUGGCCUCUGGGGGAAGACCGUGGAUGCAAUUGAUUUGUAUAUGUUGAAGAUUGAGAGACUAUCAAAAGAAAUAUCAGCUGAGAGAGAGAAGACUGCUAAAAAUCAUAAAUCAGCUGUUCCAGCAGCAUUUGUUUCCUUCAGAACCCGUUGGGGAGCUGCUGUUUGUGCUCAAACUCAACAAACCAGAAACCCAACUGUGUGGUUAACUGAAUGGGCUCCAGAGCCCCGUGAUGUAUAUUGGCAUAACUUGGCAAUUCCAUAUGUCUCACUUGCAAUUAGGAGGCUUAUUAUUGCUGUUGCAUUCUUCUUCCUGACAUUCUUCUUCAUGAUUCCCAUAGCAUUUGUACAAUCCCUUGCUAACAUUGAAGGAAUAGAGAAGGCAGUUCCAUUCCUUAAAGCCUUAAUUGAAAUGAAGGUUGUCAAGUCAUUCAUCCAAGGAUUUCUUCCUGGAAUUGCUUUGAAGAUUUUUCUCCUGUUUCUACCCACAAUAUUGAUGCUAAUGUCUAAGUUCGAGGGAUUAAGUUCCAUAUCAGGCCUAGAGAGGAGAUCUGCAACUAGAUAUUAUAUUUUCCAGUUUAUUAAUGUAUUUCUUGGAAGCAUUAUCACUGGCACUGCAUUUCAGCAACUGGACAAUUUUAUACACCAGUCUGCAAACGAAAUCCCAAAAACAAUUGGUGUCUCAAUCCCAAUGAAAGCAACCUUCUUCAUAACUUACAUAAUGGUUGACGGAUGGGCUGGAGUUGCGGGGGAGAUUCUACGGUUGAAGCCUUUGAUUAUUUAUCACUUGAAAAAUUUCUUCCUUGUGAAGACUGAAAAGGACCGGGAAGAGGCAAUGGAUCCAGGAAGCCUGGGCUUCAACACCGGCGAACCUCAGAUACAACUUUAUUUCUUGCUUGGCCUUGUUUAUGCCGUAGUGACCCCAAUUCUACUUCCUUUCAUCAUUAUAUUCUUUGGCCUUGCCUAUAUUGUAUACCGUCAUCAGAUUAUAAAUGUCUACAAUCAGGAGUACGAGAGUGCUGCAGCAUUUUGGCCUGAUGUCCAUGGGCGCAUCAUAACGGCAUUAGUUGUUUCCCAGUUACUUCUAAUGGGAUUACUAAGUACAAAACAAGCUGCCCAGUCAACACCAUUGCUCAUUACACUCCCAGUUUUGACCAUAUGGUUUCAUAGGUUCUGCAAAGGUCGUUAUGAACCGGCAUUUGUCAGGUACCCCCUGCAGGAAGCAAUGAUGAAAGAUACAUUGGAACGCACUAAAGAGCCGAACCUGAACUUGAAAGAUUACCUUCAAAAUGCUUACAUCCACCCAGUCUUCAAGGGCGAGGAUGAUAGCGAGAGCGAUGCGGCUAGUCUAGACUUUGAUGAGGAGCCUGUGCUCGUCCCCACAAAGCGCCAAUCUCAGAGAUCUACGCCGUUUCCAAGCAUACGCAGCGGGUCUUCUCAAUCCUUGCUCUCAGUUCAUCUACAUUCACAGCCAUAACAAUUGCCAUUGUGUAGGAGAAAAUGAGUCAUAAGAGUGGUUUGCUCUUUACUUUCUGCUUUGCGGCUCCAAAACCAACUGGUACCAGUCUAGAAUUUUUGGAACAUGAUGUAUAUAACUUACUAGGUUGAGGUUGUUUCAACUUUCAACUCGGCAUUUAUAAAAAUAUUGGUUGGAUGUCGGUCGGAGUUUCUUCAAGACGUAACCGAAGGAUAGUGAUAGCAAAUUCUCAACGAAACAAAAGAAAAACACAGUAAGAAGUGCUCCAUGCAGUGUUGAACUAACCAUGCUUGCAGCAACAUCAGUGAUAUGAUAAAGUCUUAGCUCUAGUAUUCUGUUGCUUGCAUCCGGUUGCUUGAUUUGUGUCACUUAGCUUUAGUAUUCUGUUGAUUGGUGAAAUUGGA